AGACUCAAGUUCACACUUUCGAAUUUCACAUCUAAUGCCAGCAAAAAUCCUAAUAGUCUCGGUCGUCUAAGUUGGAUUGGUACAAUGGACAGCCAUGUAAAGUUCUUAUCUAGCAGGCAAUGCUAUGGAGUAUGUCAGGUUCUGAAAAGCGACAUUAUUGGGGUUAAUAAUAUGACGGUAUUGUACUUGAAAUUCUCUUAUGCAUUUUGGGUUUUAAUAUCUCUGAAUUUGGAACUAAACUUUUCAUUAUGUGCAGUUUAUGUUAUACUUGAACUUGAUUUUGUAGAUAUUGUGAAUAAAUAGUUUGGGCUUUUU